AUGACGGAAAGAAGUCCACCUUUUGAAAUACCCUUGGAGCCUCAAAGCGCCUGCAUCAAGGGAUCGCUUCCAUUUCCGCCUCUUAGGCAGCAGUGGGGUCAUUACCACAAGAGCCUCCACGACCGCAAUCUAUCUAGCGAUAAGCCAUGCAGUCUCCCGAUCUCAGCCAAAAACCUCUUUGCCUCCUUUCGCCUUCUGAUUUCCGGCUUGCUGACCCCUCACCGGCUCCAGCCCCCACAGGCUCCAUCAUUAAAUAUUCAAUGUGUUCCGUCCAGCCUUCAGUCCUUUCAGCUUGUCACGCCUUAUUUGAUCAUGGGUCUGUCUUGUUUUGAGCAACUUGGGCCUCACCAUCUGAACGGAGACAAUGAGAGGGCAUUGACCAGCUGCCUUAGGAGGCUGCGUUCAAGCACACAGUCAUUCCGGUAUUCCAGGCAGCCUCCUCAAACGCCUUUCCAGAAUUUCACAACGCUCCCAAGGCCAGGUGCGCUCACUCUGGAGGAAUUGGUACUAAAUGUGGAACAGGAGGUCGUGCUCGCUUCCCUUUGCGUUUUACAUCAACCCGCAAACUUUCAUCGCAGAUCACAAAAUGCAGACCACAAAAUGCAGACGAUCCCCCUGCACCAAAAACGGACCGCUCACAGGUCAGAACCACCAAAUGCUUCGGCCCUUGCGGGGCUGUACGGUUUGAGACUGCUGGCACCUGCCUGGACGCGUCGCAUUAACAAUGCACGAUGGUGCUUUAACUAUCCACUAUUUCCUAACUACCGGAUAUACGUGGCAUACAAAAGCCUGGGUUUUGUUGUUUGGAAGCCCAAGAUGCACGCAGUACGUCGUAUCGCAUCGGUCCACCGUCAUGAAUCAUUUUUGACAACGGUCACCAUGGUGCACAAAUUGGUUGAUGAGGUAAUACUUCUAGAUUUGGUUACGGCGCAAUGCGCACACCCUUCCUGGAUUGCUAGGGGCGAUAUAACGUGCUACCUUCACUAUUGGCCGUUUGACAUUAAAUCUUAA